AUGUUCAAGCUGAAGAACCGAGAGUUCGUCGUCGACAUCGACGUUAGCGAGAUUGAAUGUGCAAUCAAUGCGGCGGCGUAUUUCGUAGAGAUGGACAAGACCGGCAACAAAGGAGAAGGCGGCAAUACAGCUGGAGCUUUAUUUGGAACGGGUUACUGCGAUGCUCAAUGCCGACCUGCCUGCUGUAACGAGUUGGAUGUGUGGGAAGGCAACAAACAAGCACAGGCAGUGGCCACUCAUUCUUGCUCCAAGAAAGGACAUUUUGUGUGUGACAACGACGAAGGGUGUCAAGGUGCUUGUGACAGUCCUGGCUGUGAUUUCAAUGGCUUCCGCAUGGGAUCGAAGAAUUUUUAUGGUCCAGGGAUGACGGUGGACUCGAACAAGACAUUUACGCUGGUCACUCAAUUCAUCACUAACAAUAACAAAGAUGAUGGAGAUUUGCAGGAAAUCAGGCGAUUCUUCGUCCAAGGAGGCACAGUGAUCCCAGACACCAAUUCUACCUACAAUAACCUGAGUUCCAUCAGUGACGACUAUUGUGCUCAGCUGCACAAGUGGACCGGUGAUAAGAACCAUCACGAGGAAUUGGGAGGGUUGAAGACGAUGGGAGAGGCUUUUGAUCGAGGAAUGGUGUUAGCGCUAUCCCUCUGGGAUGAUGCUAGCGGAGGGAUGCAAUGGUUGGAUGGUAUCCUGGGCAAUGAAGGUGAGCCCGGUGCACUUCGAGGUCAUUGUGGUGAAGAUGCUAUACGAAAUGUGGAUACUUUGAGGGAUACGUAUGGUACAGCGACUAUAACCUACUCCAACAUUCGAUUCGGUCCCAUUGGAACCACGACUACUGAGAAAGCUGGAGUGAAUUCCACUGCUUCACUCGGUACAGGGGAUAAUGCUGACAACGCUGGAUUGGAUUCUUCUGCUGCAGAUGGUACAGGGGAUAGUGCUGACCACCCUG